AUGCUGGCCCUUGAAUGUCCAUGGUUCCUCCCAACUGAUCCCGACAUCGUGAGGCUCGCUCCGAUGAAGAAGCUCUACAUCUGUGGCACUGGUGGCUACGUGGACCUCCAAAAGAUGCUGAUUGAGGACAUGUCUGAGCGGAAAGUUGAGUGCGGAGCCUGCCUGACUGCAUUGAACCAGUACGAGUUCUCCGGACCAUCCCUAAAGAACGCCAUUGACGCUGCAAUCGCUCAGAGCAAAUCUUCUGUUGACCAGCCUGCCAAGGAGGAUGAGGCAGAGACGCCUGCUGCUGACGCUAGCGCUGCGGCCAAUGUUGGGCCUGCUGCCACUGACGCAGAAGCACCAGAUGCAUGGAGAAAGUAUGUGGAAUCCUUUGCUCCACACAUUGAGCUUCUCGAACCAGGCAAGUUCGGCAAGACAUUGCCUUACCGUUGUCGGCUAUGCCGCACCCGGCGGCAAGUGGAUGGCAAAGUAGGCGACUUGGUGGAGCCCAAAGUUUCUGCGGCCAAGUACUAUCUGGGACAGCAUUUCAGGACACAAAAGCACAUUGAACAAUUGGCAGCUUUUGAGAAAGAAGGACAGCCACAGAAUCAGAAGGAAAUCGUCCCGUGUCAGGGCUUGCAAGUCAAAAAUUCCAUCUCUGGUGGCCUACUUUACUACAUGCGCACUGAGUUUUCCACAUGGGCUGCCUUCACAAAUUUGGAGAGCUUGGCAACGCACUCCUAUUGGCAAGAGCCAAAUGGUGCUGGUUGGAUCAUACGAUCCUCGGGCUGUGAUCAAAACAUGGAAAAGACAAAGGAAGAUUGGCAGACAUGUCCGGAGUGCAUCCACUUGGGUUCUGGAAAGAGAUCAGUGGUGAGAAAUGUGACCCGCUUCACUCAAAAGUACCUCUGGGCCAAGCUCCUGAAUGCCAGACUUUUUCAGGGAGCUGAAGCACGUGAGUUGGUGGAAGAGGAAGUGCGAAAAUCAGCAGCAUUUCGUUCUGACCCCAAGGAAGCAGAGAAAGUCUUGAAGCUUCCAAACCACCAUUUACAGCAGCUGGUACGUGCCACAUGGACGCACACCAAUGCAACUCAAGUCACCCCGCAAUGCUUGGACUUCCUCACUACCGUGGUCAAACCCACACUCCGGUGCAACGUCAGUUCAUUUGAGGGGUGCUUCCAAGAUGUCGCGGCCCGUUUUGAGGCCAUGAUAGCCAGCCGGGAUGUCAAUGAUGCGGAACUGUCCAAGCUGAAGCUGGCCGCGGCUGCCUUGGAUGGAAGCAUUGAAAGCAACCCUCUUCUGGAGGGGAUGGCUCUUGCCUGCCUCCGUUUGAUGGACAAGCAAAAGAGGGGAGUCGAGACGAUGGCUGGCCGCCCCAGCAAAGACCGCACUGAGCGAGAAUUUGCAUUGGUGGCUGACGCAGGGAUGCGUUUGGCUAUGGCGACUGGCAACGGAAAGCUGGGCAAGCAGUUUGGCAUUCGAGGCGACAUCAGGACCAAACUUGAUGACCUGCAUGGAAUGAGCAUACCAUGUCCAGCAGUAGCACUGAUAUGGGAUGAAGUGAUGCGGGAGAACUGCAAUCUUCUCGACCAGCGCUUCAACGUGAAGCCGUACUCACUGAAGCGCCGGCUCUGGUGCUGCUUUGAUGCAACGUACCUUUCACCGGCGCUUUGCCAGUUGCAGCUCCACAACAAGUAUGGUUUGGUCGGGGGUGUAUGGGCACCAGGUGCUGAAGAGGCUUGUUUCAUCGACAUGGACGAUGCAGUUGAGGUCAAAAACAUACCUCGAGCAUCGACGAUGUUAGAAUUCUUGGUGUAUGACCCUUGUGCCGUGCGCAAGACACCCUUCUCCGUGGCUUCCAUGCCCAUGGAUCAUUCGUUUGGAGGCAAUGGUGUACAUGGAUCUCUGAAGGCAAACUGGGCAAUGCUGGAGGUGGUGGGCAGGUUUUUGUCCUAUGCCCACAAGGUGGUACUUGGAGUUUGCUUCGAUGCUCACUCCUCACAUUCAUUUGUGAGGAAGCUGCUCCAUGGGCAAACUGAUGACGUCAAUCUCGACCACUUGGAGAAGGUACCCUUCUUUUCAAAAUUGACCUACCGGCCCUUGCCAAAACACAAUUUGCCAAGGCUGCCCCUCCAAAUAGCCUUGCAUGAAGACCAGCCGUUCUUUGCAAUGUGCGGACCGUGCCUUCGGCAGAACGGCCUACCGCCAAGUGCAUAUGCCCGCACCAACCCCAUGAGUGACAAGCUAAACGCUUUGAUCAACAAUCCCUUCUUUCUGGUUGAGUCGGCAGAUGGGCCAUUGUCAAGUCUCCAUGUGCCCUGGUGCAACAAGGGCAUGACAGUCCACAAUCUGGUGGUCAGUCUUUGCACGAGCCCAGUGACACACAAGGAUCUGUCCUUGGCUCAAAGGUGUGAAGCCAGCCUUGCUGGUUUCUUGGCCCUGGACAUGUUCAGGAUGCUGUCAAUUCAGAUUUCAGCAGAGCUGGGUUUACCCACAGGCUCGACCUUCAUGUCGGGUCAAAGUAUGUGGAAUUUACAGGGUUCUGCCCUCGCCACGGUUGCAAUUUCCUGUGCGAAACCCAAAGGGUUCGCACCAUGGAAACAUGGUGAAGGACGCCUAUCAGAGAUAGCGGUAGAGCAGUUCUUUGGCCAGCUGCGCGGCCAAUCCAGCACGGCACAGCUUUCCAGCAGAGGGUACUGGAUUGCUGCAGCAAGACGUGCAAUCAAGGUCAGUGAUGAGCUCAACAAGGCCAAGAACAACUUCCCGGAUGCCAGCAAAACUGGAGAAGAUCCUUUGACGGACGAACAGUUCCAGAAAUGUUGUGAACGUGCUCUACGUGGGGCAUUGCUGUUGGUGGCAAGAUGUAGCCAGGUUGGCAUUGAGGACUUGGAAGCGACCUACCGCAGGCGUUGCGAAGAAGGUGACAUCUUUUCCUUUGCAGCCUUGGAUCAGGAGGAGGAUGAAGAAUUGCAGGAGCAAAUGGAGAAGCUCGGCAAGCCGGAGGAAAGGAGUGGCACUGAGAAUAGCGGAUGUGCUCAAGUCAUUGCUCAGCUCUUUGACCCAAUUGAAACGCUUGACCAUCAAGCUGACCUGGGUGAGGCAACCUUGGGUGCACAGGAUGAUUUGUCGGGUGAGGCUGAUGCAGACCAGCUCAGGGCUCUGUGCGAAAGCAAAGUUUCAAGUGAGCCCUUCGGAAUGGAGCAAAACAGCCCGCAAGUUGAAGGCCGGGCAAAGCAUGGAGAUGACCUUCCAAGCUCCCUUCUCGAAGCCAUGGAGAUGAGAGGAUGUGUGUGGAAUGCAUUGUUCCGCCUCAUUGUCAAGCUCCGAGCUGCUCGCGGAGGGUCUGACCUGCAAUUCAUACCCAACCCGAGGUUCAAUGAGAGGCGCCUUGCCGAGAUCAAUGCUGAGCGCGAUGAGCCGGUUUACAGAACGAGGGCUAGCAGAUUGGAUCGUUGGAGGGAGUUGGUCAAAGUCGCCCAGAAUGACUUGCAGAUCCAGCAAGCUGAGCCAGAAAGACUCGUGGCUGGCAAUGUGGUUUUGUUCCACACGCCCACCAAAAAAAUCACCGUGGAGCUCGGCUUGGUGAUAUCCGUGUUCAAAGGGGUGAAGGCUCCAAAGUUGCAUCCCGGUGAUGUGCCCAUUUCCAGUUGCUCUGCUUUCAGGGUAUUGCAGCUCGACUUGGAAGAUGAAACUCAGCCCACACCAAAGGUCUGGCACUGCAGAGACAGAUCCAUGCUGUUUGUUGUGAGGCUGGAAGCUCUCAUCUCAGUUUUGGAUGUUGAAUCUUGUGCUUUGGCUGUCCAUUUGCAUCUGUUUUUACAUUUUUCCUGGUUCUUAAGAACGGUUCGGAAGAUGCAAUGA